AUGGCCGCCGCGGAACUCCGGCAUGGAGAGGACGACGGGGACGAUGCAGGGCAGCGAGUGGAGUCGUCGUUCCUUCUCCUCUCGGCCGACCUGCUCCUCCCAGGGGACGCCUUCCUCAGUGCCGCCGUCGCCCUCAAGGAGAAGGUAGAGUAAAGAAGCCCUGCUCACUCGCCAGCUUUUCGACGCCGGUGACCGGUGAAUCACCUGCCGUGGCCGGCGUAUGUGAUGAUGUUACAGGUUGUUGAGACCACAUGGAAGUCCGAACGUCAUCGCGAGCGGCCCGUCGACCCCACACUGUACACCGGUCUGAUGGGCACCGCCUUCGCCUGCCUGAGGUCGUUCGAGGCCACGGGCUCGCCGGAAGAUUUACUCCUCUGUUCCGAGAUCGCCGACACCUGCGCCGCCGUCGCGCGGUGCUCCAAGAGGUAAACCGCCGCCACAGUUACUCUCUUCUUCUCCGUCGUCCGUCAGUCCGUCGGAUGUGGGUGCGACUUAAAAGUAAGAGUGAGAGGGUGUCUCUGAGUGUGCCCCGGUUGCAGUUACUUGACUUUUCUAUGCGGGUGCGCGGGGGUGUACGCUCUCGGCGCCGUAGCGGCCGACCGCCUGCGUGACCGCCAGCGGCGGGACCUCUUCCUCGGCCUCUUCUUCGAGGUACGGCGAAUGCGAAACUUCGCUCUUUCCCCUGUAGUAGUAGUAGUAGUAGUAGUAGUAAGUAGUCAUUCGUCGCGGGAGUUUGGCUGACGGCGGAGUGACGGACUCCCAUGGAGGAAGGUGGCGAGAGAGAAGGCGCUCCCCGCGGGGCCGGAGGAGGGCGGCUUCGGGAUGCCGUACGACCUUCUGCAUGGCCGGUCGGGGUUCCUCUGGGCGGCCCUGUUCGUCCGAAAGCACCUCGGCCCCGGCAGUGUGCCCGAUGAGCUCGUCCUGCCGGUGGUGGAGGCCGUGCUGGCGGGGGGCCGGGCCGGCGCGGCUCACGCAGCGGACUGUCCACUGGUCUAUCGGCGGUACGGAACCCGCUACUGGGGAGCCGCCCACGGUCUGGCGGGGAUCAUGCAGGUGCUCCUCCACUUCCCUCUGGCGGAGGACGACCUCGACGCUGUCAAGGAGACCCUGCGGUACGCAUGUUAUACAGUACACAAAUCUUUGCGGCGUAUAUAUGUAUAUAUAUCUAUGUUAUAACGCCCUGGGCAACUCGAUUCACUGCUUUCUCGAUAGCUACAUGGUGAGGAACCGCUUCCCCCACAGCGGCAACUACCCCACGAACGAGGGCAACCCCCGGGACGGGCUCGUGCAGUGGGCCCAUGGCGCCGGCGGUAUGGCCGUCGUGCUCUGCAAGGCGUCCGAGGUCACCCGCUCUACCCCUUCUUUUCCCUCUCUCAAAGCCCCUAUCUUUGUUUCACAGAAUUUGGAAUGUCGUCAGACUGUUGCAGAUACUCAGAGAUGCGUCGUAUCUGUCGCUAGGUUUUCCCCGAAGACCCGGACUUCCGGGACGCGGCAGUGGAAGCUGGGGAGGUUGUGUGGAGGCGAGGGCUCGUGAGGAAAGUUGGGCUCUGCGAUGGUACCGCCGGGAACGCCUAUUCCUUCCUCUCGCUGUACAGACUGACGGGGGAGACGGUGUUCUUGGAGAGGGCGAGGGCGUUCGCCAGCUUCCUGUACCACAACGCAGAGAAGCUCGUCGGCCAUGGACAGCAGCACGGCGGGGAGCAUGCCUAUUCUCUCUUCCGUGGCCUCGCCGGGCCAGCGUGCCUCUGGUUUGACAUGAUCUCUCCGGAAAAUGCCAGGUUCCCGGGAUUUGAAAUCUGA